CCCGUUCCCUGGUUGGCCUAAGACAUCGCGGACGCGAGGAGUUAAAGAGUCUAUGCCUGUUCGGGGAGCUGUCCUGGCCCCUCGGGAGCGCCCGGAGUCGCGCUAUUGGGGGCUUCCUUUUUAUACACACCACUAGUUUUCUCUCUGUGCUAUGGGAGAUGUCAGAGAAUCAAAUACGCAAAUAACACCGGAAACUCCAGGAAGAGUCCCUGUUUUGAAUCCUUUCGAAAGUCCUGGUGAUUAUUCUAAUCUCCAUGAACAAACUCUCUCCAGUCCUUCUGUUUUUAAAUCAACAAAAUUACCAACUCCAGGGAAAUUUAGAUGGUCUAUUGAUCAACUAGCUGUAAUAAAUCCUGUAGAAAUAGACCCAGAAGACAUUCAUCGUCAAGCUUUAUACUUAAGUCAUUCUCGAAUAGAUAAAGAUGUGGAAGACAAAAGACAAAAAGCCAUUGAAGAGUUUUUUACUAAAGAUGUAAUCGUACCUUCUCCUUGGACUGACCAUGAAGGGAAACAGCUUGCAGAGUAUCAUUCCAGUAAAUGCAUUAACAUAAAUAAUGAAUCUCCAGUUGGAAGGAAGCUGACCAUCCAUUCUGAGAAAAGCAAUGCUGCUUGUCAGACAUUGCUGUCUCUUCCUGUGGAUUUUAAUUUAGAAAAUGUAUUAGGCGACUAUUUUAGAGCUGAUGAAUUUGCAGAUCAAUCUCCAGGAAACCUCAGUUCUUCAUCCCUCAGAAGAAAGCUAUUUUUAGAUGGCAAUGGAAGUAUCUCUGACUCCUUACCUCCAGCUUCUCCAAGAAGCCCUCAGAGUGGUACUCGAGCAUCACUUGAGGUUUUUUAUUCAAUAGAUUUAUCCCCUGUACGGUGUAGGAGCCCUGUGCAGACUCCAAGUUCGGGGCAGUUUUCUUCUAGCCCUAUUAAGGGCAGUGCAAAAAAAUACAGUUUGGGAAGUAUAACCAAUCCUUCACCUGUUUCUUCACCCACUUUCUCACCAAUUGCAUUUCAAAUAGGAAAGACACCACUCUCAGAACAAAGGAAGUUUACUUUUCAUUCUCCUGAUGCUUCCUCUGGAACAACAAAUCCUAAUGGAAUUAUUAAUCCAUGUACCCAAAGUCCUUAUAUAGAUGGCUGCUCACCAAUUAAAAAUUGGUCUCCUUUGAGACUUGAGAUGUGUAGAGGUGGUACCCAGUAUCGGACCUCCCUAAUUCAGAUACCUUUUCCUCUGGAAGCUCGCGGUGAAGACAAAGAAGGCAAAGCAAACAUUCCUCCCACAGACACCUCACCACCAGCCACCGGCACGGCUGCAGCACACCUGCAGCAGAUGGAUGGUAACACCUCUCUGCACGGUACACGUUUAGCAGUGACCGCCAUGUCCAUCACACAAAAUCGGUCCAGUGCUUCUGAGAAAGAAUUAGCACUGUUGCAGGAUGUUGAAAGUGAGAAAGAGAACAACACUGUGGAUAUGCUUGAUCCUAUAGAGAUGGCCGAGGAGAACACCUGGCUUAAGGAGCCGGUUGACAAUGGGAGUCCGCCCCUGACUGAUUUUGUGAAUGGGAUUGCCUUCAGUAUUGAGAACUCUCCUAUGUGCAUGUCACCUCUUGCAGAAAGCAGUAUCAUUCCUUGUGAAAGCAGUAACAUUCAGAUGGAUAGUGGCUAUAACACACAAAACUGUGGAAGCAAUAUUAUAGAUAUGGUUGGGACAGAAAGUGAUACAAACCUUGGAAAUUGAGAAUAAUUCUCAAGUCUAAUACAAAGCAGGAUCACACAACACAGAGGUGUUAGAUGAAAACAGCAAAUCCUCAACGCAGCAGUGUGGAAUACCUCAGGACCAAAGACUAUCGCUGAACAGCUCCUCGCAUACUUUUUAUGGACAGGAACAAUAAUGGGAUCAUGAUUGGGAAAAAGUUGUUUCCACUAACAUGCUUAGCUGUUUUUCUUUCCCUCCUUAAUGUGAAAAAUCAAG